UGGCAUGCGACGAUAAUGAGCUCGUUAAAGCGUCGUAAAAGCGAGGGGUUUGGACUGCACUGGACGUGGGUCUCGCUGCGUUCGGCAAAGGGUAACGAGACCGGGCCCGCAUCAUCCGGACGGACCUUACCUAAUCCGCGAAUUCAAUUUACAAAAGAUGGCUGCGCUAUGGACCGGCGUCGCGAGCGGAAUGAGCCUCCCCAGCAUCCUCAACCGCUCCCAGGGGUCGACCUCGUCGUGCAGGGAGCGCUGCUUCGAGGUGACCCCCAGCGCCGAGGACGCGUGCAGCUGCGACGCGCUCUGCAUCGCCUACAACACGUGCUGCGCCGACUUCAACGAGCUGUGCAUCCAGCCAGGCUACGCGUGGAACUGCGUCAAGUCGCGCUGUGGGGAGAAGCGCACCAACCAGACGUACUGCAACUGCGCGGACGACUGCCUCGAGCACAGAGACUGCUGCACCAACUACAACGUCGUCUGCAAAGCUUCUCGAAGCCUCCGCUCAUCCUGGUGUCGCUGGACGGCUACAAAGCCGACUACCUCAACUUCGACAAGACCAUCAUCCCCGUGGUGCAGAAACUCCGCACGUGCGGGACCAGCGCGCGCCACCUGAGGCCCAUGUACCCGACCAAGACGUUCCCCAAUCACUACAGCAUGGUCACGGGCCUCUACCCAGAGUCCCACGGCAUCAUCGACAACGUCAUCUACGACAGCGAGUUCAACGCCACCUUCACCUACCGGGGCAAGGAGAAGCUCAAGCACCGCUGGUGGGGGGGGCAGCCCAUUUGGAUCACGGUGGAGAAGCAAGACAAGAAGUCCAGCACCUUCUUCUGGCCAAGCGGCAUCAACCACGACCUGCGCCUGUUCACGAUACUGCGCUGGCUGGACCUUCCCCCAGCCGAACGGCCCAUCGUGUACGGUCUGUACGUGGAGCAACCGGACCUCAAUGGUCACCUCUACGGGCCCAACAGUUUCAAGGUGAAGAACAUCCUCGUGUACGUGGACGAGCUGGUGGGGAAGCUGAUGGACGGCCUGAAGCAGAGGAACCUGCACAAGUGUGUGGACAUCAUGUUCGUAUCGGACCACGGCAUGGCCGACGUGAGCCGCAGCCGUGUGGAGUUCCUCAGCUCCUACCUCACCAACAUCGACAACUUUGAGCUCAUCCACGGCUCGUCGGCACGCAUCCACCCCAACGCCGCCGCCGCCGGCCACCAACCGUUCGACCAAAAGGCUGUCAUGGCGAACUUAACCUGCCGCAGACCGGAUCAGCACUUCCGGCCGUACCUCAAGCAGCACCUGCCCAAGAGGCUGCACUACGCCUUCAACCGCCGGAUCGAGGACAUCCACCUCUUUGUGGACGAACGCUGGCUGGUGGACAAGAAGGAGAGCGGCGACAAGGAUUACUUCUCUGGGGAGCACGGCUACGACAACCGUUACGAGAGCAUGCAGGCAGUCUUCAUUGGAUACGGUCCCAGCUUCAAAUACAAGACGGAGGUGGACCCAGUGGAAAACAUCGAGCUCUACAACCUCAUGUGUGACCUCUUGGGAGUGAUGCCCAUGCCGAACAACGGCACGCACGGCAGCCUGAACCACCUCCUGCGGAGGCCGGUGCACCGGCCGGCGCUGCCCGAAGAGGUCUCCAAGCCGGCCUCGUGCCCGGCCACCGUCGCGGCCGACGAGGACCCGCAGUGCGAAUGCGACCCCGGGUCGUACCCGGCCGAUUCGCUCAACCGCCAGCUGCUCAACUCCGUCCCGCAAGAUAAUCACCACUUACCAUUCGGCCGGCCCAGGGUGCUGCUGGACACACGCUACUGCCUGCUGCACCACACGGGCUUUGAGAGCGCCUACAGCGAGGAUUACCGCAUGCCCCUGUGGACCUCCUUCACACUGCCCAAAAGCAUCAACAUCAACGAGCCCUCGGCCGCGCUCGCCCAGUGCUUGAAGCCCGACAUCCGGAUCCCCGUCAGCAAAGUCACGGCCUGCAAAGCCUUCAAGUCCACGUCCGACCUCUCCUACGGCUACCUCUACCCCCCGAGCCUCAGCCGAUCGGAGUCGUCGAUGCACGAGGGUCUGCUGGCAUCGAACAUCGUGCCCAUGUACAAGCCGUUCAAACGAAUAUGGAAACACUUCCACGACGUGCUGCUCAAGACGUAUGGCAACCAGCACCAUGGCAUCAACGUGGUGAGCGGGCCCGUGUUCGACUACAACGCCGACGGGCGCUUCGAUCCCGUCGACAAAAUCCUGCAGCACACGGACGCGUCGCUCUUCAUGCCGGUCCCCACCCACUACUUCAUCGUCAUCACGAGCUGCCGGGACAAGGCGAAGGGCCCCAACCAGUGCGAGGGGAAGCUCGAGGCCUCCUCCUUCAUCCUGCCGCACAGACCUGACAACGAGGAGAGCUGCAACAGCGACGAGGACGAGUCGCGGUGGGUGGAGGAGCUGGUGAAGAUGCACUCGGCGCGCGUGCGCGACGUGGAGCUCCUGUCGGGCCUCGACUUCUUCCACCAGACCAACUUCGCCGUCAACGAGAUCAUGGCCCUGAAGACGUCGCUGCCGACGUUCACGCUCUGAACGCGCCCGUGCGUUGCCUGUGCGUUGCCUGUGCGUUGCCCGCGGGUUGCCCGCGUGUUGCUUGCGCGUUGCCCGCACAUGGGCAGCCGCGUGUUGCCCGCGCACGCCCCCUUCCCCCCCCCCCCCCCCCGUUCCGGCGGCUAUCUCGUGUUUGAUGGUGUAUAUUUUUCAUACCUAAUUUGUAUUUAUUGACAAGCGGAAAAGCAGCAGCAGCAGCAAUAAACAAACAACAACAAAAAGUAAAAGUAAAAAAAAAGGUGUGGGAGCUUGGGUUGUGGUGGUGGGCGGUCGUUGGGGAGGGAGUUGGCAUCUCCGCACGAAAUCGUCAACGGACUUUCACGCCCCAUUGCCUUUCAUUGCCGUCUCGAAUUUUGCCAAACAAACGACGUUGACAGCAGCAGCAGCAGCGGCAAACUGCUCGACGAUAUUUAACUCUCGGUUCUCCCGAAGGAAACGCGACGGCGCCUCUCUCACGCCCGCUGGAGCUUCUGCCGCGCCCGACGGAACGUCGGCCGUCGCGAACCCGAGGUUCGGGCGCGUUACCAUGUACCCGUGGAAAUGUUUUGUAAAAGUUUGCCGUGCAAGACAGUGAAUAUUA